UGUUAGCGCAUCUGAGAAGCACCCCUCCCGGGAGAUGGGCCACUCACCGGAAGAAGGCCAGCGAGAACAAACCAUCCACGAGGGAAGCAGCUCCAGAAGGCUCCUCCACCCCUCCCCCACCCCCUUGCGGACAUUUUUGCGCUGCAUUAGCACCCCCUUCCCCUCGCCAAAGGCGCGCAACGUUGCACCCCCGUUGCCCGAGUGCAAAAAAGUGUUAACAAGUAUGUUUCUAGAAGGUUGUCAGCGUCGGGUAGAUAGGUCAGCGAAGGUGCAGUUGACAAAGGGGGAGGGGGUAGGGAGGUGAAGAGUAAGGGGGAGAUAGAAGUAGACCUGGAUAGGUCGCACAUGAGCUACAAAAUCACGGUGAGGCGAUGUAGUGAUAAGUAAAAGGAGGGAGGGGCAGCGGUAGGUACUGCCACUGAAGGGAACGAGGCCGACGAGCGCAAAGGUAACAGUAGAAUGAUUAGUAAAGCGACGAAAUCGUGGGUAGGGGGACAAGCCUCAGGGGAGGGAGGGAUACACGGAAUCAGCGAG